AUGUCCGGCAAGCAACUGGACGAUGCAGAGCCGCCAAUGGGCAACAGUCCCAACCGCAGAGGAGUCGAUAACAGCCUCUACACCCCUGACAUCAAGAGGCCGACAUUCGACAGCUCUCCCGCCGGUGCUCAGACGAUGGCCCGCUGUCUGGGCGAG